AGCCGUCCCCGAGCCGCGCACACGUCCGUCCCCGAGCUGCCCCGGUGGCCAUGGAGCUCUUCGAGACCAAUCCUUAUUUUUUCCCGGACCAGAGGUUUUACGAUGGGGAAAACUUCCUGGGCUCCCGCUUACAGGGCUACGAGGCGGCGGCAUUCCCGGAGCGACCGGACGUGUCCCUGUGCCCGGAGGCAAGGGUGGCUUUGGAGGAGAAGGACUCAGCCCUACCUGAGCAUUGCCCCGGGCAAUGCCUGCCCUGGGCCUGCAAGGUUUGCAAGAGGAAGACGGUGUCCAUGGACCGGCGGCGGGCAGCCACGCUGCGGGAGAAGCGCAGGUUGAAGAAGGUGAACGAAGCCUUCGAGGCGUUGAAGCGCAGCACCCUGCUGAACCCCAACCAGCGCCUGCCCAAGGUGGAGAUCCUGCGCAGCGCCAUCCAGUACAUCGAGCGCCUGCAGAGCCUGCUCAGCACCCUCAACCAGCAGGAGCGGGAGCAGAGGGAGCUGCGCUUCCACCCCGCCGCUGCGCAGCCUGGGGCGGGCAGCGAGUGUGGGUCCGGCAGCUCGUCCUGCAGCCCCGAGUGGAGCAGCCAGCUGGAGUUCAGCACCAACCCCGCAGAUCACCUCCUGGCUGAUGACACGGCAGAGGACCGCAACCUCCACUCCCUCUCCUCCAUUGUGGAGAGCAUCGCCGUGGAGGACGUGGCCGUGACGUUCCAGGAGGAGCAGGUCCAAAACUGAGCUGUCACCAACCCUGGCGGCUCUUCGAGCUGGUAAUGGGGUGGGAAUAAGAUGCCAGAAGGUUCCAGCCAUUGGAAAACCCAUUUACCCCUUUGGCAUCAUGGACUGCACCACUGAGACCACUCAACUUCUUUCCCAUUCCCGCUGAAACGCUCCUGCUCGGCCAGCUGAGAAAAUAAGAGGGAGAGGUGGGAUAUGGGCAGUGCCAUGGCCCCGGGUUGCACAAGGGACCCAUCCAGGGCCAGUGGGUUUUGGGGGCCAACACGUGUGCUGGGUUCGCUUGCUGAUUUCCUUCCAAGAUGCUCUUCGACCAACGUCUCUCUGGGGCUGGUGUCUCUUUGGGCUCAGCACCACGGUGGCUUUUCUAGCAGCGCUGUGUGGAGUUGCCAUUUCUUGUUUUGGGUUUUUUUUUAAGGAUUAUUUUUGCUAACUUAUUUGGAUUUUCUUUUUUUUUUUUUUAAAUAAAGGCAUUCUUGUUUGA